UUUCACAACAAACAAUCUACACACACAACAACAACAACAACAACAACAACAACAACAACAAUAACAACAACAAAAUGUCAAAAUCUAUCUUUUUACUUUUUCUUCUGAUAAUCGUCUUCGUCUCAGCAUCUCAAGCAAGUCGUCAACUCUGGGAUGGUGGAAUCAGCGAAAUGUUUGGAUCCAAAUCCGGGUUUCACGGAUUUUCAGGGUUUUCGGGGUCCUCUGGAGGUGCUGGAGGAUCAUUCGGAGAUAUGAUGAAUGCUGGAGGUGCACAUACAUGCUCGGCGCAAGGAGCUUGUAAGGGUAAGAAGCUGACAUGUCCUGAGGAGUGCUACAAAUCAACCAACGUUAACAAGGAUGGUUAUAAAAGCACCAGCCGCAGCGGAGGAUGUUCAUUUGACUGUACGACCAAGUGUGCCGCGACUUGUUCAAAUUAACAUGUUAAUUUGCACAUAUAUAUUAUAUGUUCUUAUAUUAUGUUGAUAUGUUAUGUUAUAACACUAUAUAGUCUAUAUAUAUGAAUAUGAUAAACCGGCAACUAUAUGGGAGAGUUUAGGUCUCCCUUUGUAAUUUUGUAUGGAUCUUGAUUAGAAGCUUUCUAUGAAUCUAUGUACAUAAUAUGAUUUUGAAUAAAAGAAAAUUUAGUGUUUCUUAA